AUGCUAUUUCUGGCUGAACAUUGUCAUGCGAUAAAAGGGAAAAAAUCACAGCAAGCUGGGAAUAAACGUGGUUGCCUUAGUCUUGGUGCUGUUUGUAAUAGUCAUACCGACUGUUGUGGUCAUGAUGAUCCUGAGAGCGGUCAUUGUAUUCUUUGCACUGGUAUUCUUCCAGGACUUUUUGGUGUUGGCAGUCGUACCUGUGGUUGUAGUAAAUUUUCUGUUGCUGGCAGUCGUGACACCGGUACUCUGACUGAUAUUUGCGAUGGUAAAGAUCGGUCUGGUAGUCGUGUUUGUCGUACACGUGUUGCUCCUCCUGGCCAUAGGUAUUAUCGUGGCGAUGGUUACUAUUAUGGUCGUGGGAAAAAAGCUUAG